UAUACAGUAAUGUUACGUAAUUAAUAUUUACACAUCUGUAAUCUUGUUUAUUUAACCUAUGCUUUUUACAUUUUGGAGUAUAUAUACAAAAUUGAGAGUAUAUAUACGCAGCUGUAGAUAUUUUGAAUGUAAUUGCACUCUUACAGCAGUAGAGAUAUAAUCUACACAAAAUGAAAGGUCUCGUACUUUGCGUCUGUGUUUUAAUAAUUGCUUCAUCAGCGGAAUUAAAACAGCCCAAAAAUGUAACAGAAAUUCUUGAGGCUUCUCUGGAAACUUGCGCGACUGAACUUACUGUAGAUAAGAGGGAUCUGUAUAGAGAGGAAGACAUAAUGAAUAAUUUACAUACACAACCUGGAAAUGAAGAAAGAACAAGAAAAAAUGGUUGUUUUCUGGCGUGUCUCUUGAAAAAACAGAAUUUAAUGGAAGGAACAGACAUUAAAGAAUCUGAAGUCGAAGAAAAAAUAACUGAACUGUUUGAGGAUAAUCCUUUCCAAACUUUAGCACAAACAAUUACACGUAAAUGCUUAAAACAAGCGAGAAGCGAUGCGGAAGAAUGUGAGAAAGGUUUUACUCUAUUCGCAUGUGCCGCAAGAAUAUUACAUAGCGUGCAGCACCAUGCAGAACAUACAAGAGAAGAAACAGAAGCAGAAAUAGAAACAGAACAGCCUUUAUAAGUAUAUACAAAUAAAUUCAAAAAUUGAAUAUUAUUUGUAUAUAGAAACAUUUUGAAAAACAAUUUAAGGGAAUACAAACUGUAACAAAGAUUAUUAUUCCAACUGUACCGUAACAAGGACAUUAGUUACACGUGCCGUUUUAUUAUUAGAAAAACAAUUUAUAUUUUAUAUCCGUAAUUGGAAGGAAAAUUGUAUUUUUAUCAAACAUAAUGCAUCGAAGAUACCUUGUUACUAGAACGUAAAUAAUUCUAUUGUAUACUAUAAAAUUUUAUAAUGUAACUCCCCUUUCUUUGUAAUAUUGAUGUACAUACAUAUUGCAAAAUCAAUUAUAUACAGAAAAUAAAGCAAAUGAUAAGAAAACAA